AUGCCUCCAACAUGUAACAGGGAUGAUUACCUUGCUUACGCGGAUUUCUGCUUCGAGACAUUCGGCGACCGGGUGAAGAAAUGGGUGACGCUAAACGAGCCCAACCUCUACUCCAUGUACGCCUACAACUACGGCGAUUGGCCUCCCGGCCGGUGCUCGGAGUGGAUGGGGAACUGCACCGGCGCCGGCGGGGACUCCUCCACGGAGCCAUACGUGGCAGCGCACCAUUUGCUGCUGAGCCACGCCGCGGCGGUGAAGCUGUACAGAGAAUCGUACCAAAAAUGGCAGAAGGGAGUGGUCGGGAUCACCAUCAUCAGCCAGUGGUUCGAGCCCAAGUACAGGAACUCGUCGUCGAGCCACGCGGCCGCGUCCAGGUCGUUGGAUUUCAUGCUCGGAUGGUUUCUUCGCCCAAUCAUCUACGGGGUGUACCCCAAGAGCAUGAGGUCGCUUGUAGGGGAUCGCCUCCCGAGAUUCACCGAGGAGCAGUCGGACAUUUUGAGAGGCUCGAUCGACUUUCUCGGCCUGAAUUACUACACGGCGAAUUACGCCGAGGAAGCUCCGGCCGCCGCCAGGGCUAGCUACUCCGAUGACAGUCGUGCCCUUCUUUCCACUGAGAAGGAUGGAGUCCCAAUUGGCACACCGACUGAUCUAGAUUGGCUGUUCAUUAACCCAAAGGGAUUGCAAAGGCUGCUUCACCAUAUAAAGAACAACUACAAAAACCCACCAGUGUAUAUCACCGAGAAUGGAAUGGGCGAUCAAAGUUCAUUGUCGUUCGAAAUGGCCCUGAAUGACACUACGAGAAUACAGUACCAUGAAACCCACCUUCGGUCUGUGUUGAAUGCCAUCAAGGAUGGAGCCAACGUAAUGGGUUACUACGUCUGGUGCUUCUUUGACGACUUCGAGUGGUCUGCUGGUUACACGGUCCGUUUCGGGAUGACAUACGUGGACUUCAACGACAAUUUGAAGCGUUACCUCAAAGCUUCUGCCUAUUGGUUCAAAAGCUUCCUUGCACCAUCACCAUCGAUCCACUCUCCAAAAUCAUGA